GGCGAAAUAUCCCCGCUUGCUCCACGUUGCCUGGAGCCAUGGGUACGUGGGAGAAGCAGAAGCCGCUUCCGGGGGAUGCCUCUGUGACCGGCGAUGAGCCCUGUUUGGGUCGGAUCCCCGCCAUCACGGGGCAGCUCCUGGCAUGCAUGGCCAGCGAGCAGGUGGAGCACCAGUUUGACGUCAAGGGCAAUGAGGCGGCUGCAGGGCAAAUGCUCCUGCUACUUCAAGUUCAUGAGCGCGGGCAAGGACUGCAACGUCAGUCUCUGGCAGGGCCAAGGCUUCGAGUCGGAGUAUACCGCCUCCCUAGGGAACCUCAGCAAGUGCCAACCUUUCUUCAAGGCUUGGACGGCGGAGAUGGGGAGUGCGUCUUCUUCAUGGAUCUCUUGGUGGUCCUCUGCGCCUGGCAUCGUAUGCCAAUUCAUCAUUGUCAUUCUCAUCCUCGCUGUGCUGUGCUGGUGCUUUCGGGACUACUGCGAAGCUCGGGGCUUCUGCGACGAGGAAGAGCUGCAGGCGAAGGCCUCAGCUGGCUGGCGUGCGCCAUACAAGGCUCCGGCCAAACGAUGGACGAGCCGGCUCCUGCCGGUGCCUGAGCCUGUGAAGGAGUCCUCAGAGUCGGAGACGGAGCAGGCGCCCAUCUUGGAAGUGGAGGAGCCGAAGCCGAGGCCGAAGCCUCUUCACUCCUUCCAGGUUCGGCAGGACCUCCAUCUUAGCGCGCCGCAGACGCGGCAUGAGUCUUUGUUUCCGCCUGGCACUGCCCCGCCGUGAGUCGGUUGCCGGUCGGCACGAGCCCGCCGCGUCGCUUAAAGGGCGCGCGGCGCUGGUGGAUCUUUCCGAGUCCUCAAGACGAGAUCACGGCAGCUCCGUCUUUGGAAUCAGCUUGUACAAUUGCAAGAGCCAUGAGGC